CCCUCCCGUCGCCGUCGCCCACAUCGAUGGGUAAUGUUACUCCAGUUACGAAGACGUCGUUGGCAGCGAAGAAACAGGACGGAUCGCUCAUCGGCAGCGGCCACAACUUCAGUCCGAAACCAUUCCUGAACGGAACGAGCGACGGGUCCAUCAAGUCCAUCGUGAACAAACAGUACAACAGCCCGGUGGGGAUCUACAGCGAGGAGACCAUCGCGGAGACGCUCUCCGCGCAAGCGGAAGUCCUGGCCGGCGGUGUUCUCGGGGUGAACUUCAAGAAGAACGAGAAGAACUAUAACGCCGAGAACAGCGAGGUGUUCAAGAUGGUCCAGGAAGCCGACAAGGAACCAAAGACUCCGGAGCCUGUUCAUCCGAGAACAGAGUAUUACUCGAUGGUGAGCCACGCCGUUGGCGGAAGGGCCACCUCGCCGAGAUCACCCACGCCUCUAUUCCAUGCUCUCCACGGCAAUGGUCCGGCCAACAAUUCCAAUGAAAAUUCGUGGAAACGUUCGCCGCAGCGACAGGACUCCUCCUCCCCGUCUUCGGAAACGUCGAUCGUCCGUUGUAGCAACUGCGACCGAGUGAUCGUGGGCGUCUUCGUCAGGAUCAAGGAGAAGAAUCUCCACGUGGAGUGCUUCAAAUGCUCGACCUGCGGCACCUCCCUGAAGAACGUCGGCUACUACAACAUCAACAACAAACUGUACUGCGACAUCCACGCGAAACUGGUCGCCAGGCAAAACGCACCUGCCGGCAUGGUUCCGAUCACCGUACCGCCAGGCGGAAAGGCUCCUGCCAGCACCAUUUCCGCUGCGCUCGCAAAUGCACCGUUGUCUCCACCCCUGAGUAACCACACGUCCUCACCCCUGCCAUACUCUCCCACCCGCCUUGGCACACCGCCCGUCGAACCACCCAGUUUCCGAUCAGUCCAGGCGCCGACAUCCAACAACCUAAUUGGUCCGAAGCCGUUCGGAGGAUCGAGCUCUCUGUCAUCGAACCUGUCGUCGCCGCCGCUGAUCAACUCAGGGAACAGCACUCUGCCGCGACCCCAGAGUCAGACCGUGACUGAAAAUUCGACUGAAACCCGGGAGAAGUGCUAUUAUUACCAGUCCUUCGAGGAAGAGACCAAGACCACCACCACCGCCACCAGCACCGAGUGCCGUCCUAGUUCGGUGAAGUCGAAGAGCCUCGUGUGGCCGCCAGCGAAACCGAUCGAGGACAUCACUUAUCCCACCGCCAGUCCUUUGUACAUCGAUCCGAAUCCCGCGCUCGACAGAAGGGGUAGGCCGGCGGUCAGAGAGAAGAAGGCCUGCAUAGAGGCCUGCGAGAGGGCCUUAACGAAGAAGAGGGCCGAUAGCGUGGACAGCGAGGUCGAGAGAGUGACCAGGCAUUGGGGCAGCUUCGAUUACGAUCCGAUGGAGCGAAUCAGUUGCCCGGGGCCCGUCUACAGGAAGGUCGAGCUGGUGGAAGCCAGCGCCGACAGGCAGUCGAGGAGCGAAGUCACCUCGAGGCCCAGCUCGACCGACAGCGUCCGGCGGUCGUUGACGCCCACCAGGAUCGUCCAGCCGAUCCCGAAACCGUGGACGGCGACUGUGACCACCGGCAGCAACAUCUACGAGCAGAGUUACGGACAACCCGACGCCCCUAAGGUCUGCAAGAAGUACCACCAGAAGGAGAUCUGCCAGCGGGAACGAAUCUGCGAGAGGAAUCAGCCGUUCCGCGAGGAGCACCGCUCGUACACGUCGAAGGUCUGCCGCAGGGAGCAGACCAUCUGCGGGAAACCACCCCUGCCGACGGAGCACGCGAUCAAGCAGGAGGAGGCGAAGGAAGAGAUCAGGGAGGUCGACGAAGAGGUGACCGACUUGAGACCGGCCGACGAAAUCGCGGAUGAGGACAGCGAGGAAAAGGGGCUCGGAGGCGAGCACGACUUCAUCACCGAGACCUCGGAGGAAGACGUCGACGGGAUGCACGUGAAGAAGAGGAUGACCUUCGAGAAGACCAUCGAGAAGAUCCCGUCGCCCGCGCGACCCAGCACGCCGAUGAUCGAGGAGACCGAGGAGAGCUACUCCAGGACCACCGCGACGCACAUCGACAGAGAAGUGAAGGAGGAGUCGACGGAGAUGACGGAAACAACGGAGGUGACGGAGAAGUCGGAAGAGAAGACGGUGGUCGAGUCCGCCGAGGUGGUCACGUCCGCGGUGGACGUGCAGCAGUUGCUGGAGAAGGCUAAACGAGAGGAGGAAGAGCGGAAGAGAGAAGAGGAGGAGGAGGAGAGAAGGAAGCAGGAGGAAGAGGAGAGGAAGAAGCGGGAGGAAGAGGAAGCGAGGAGGAGACGCGAGGAGGAAGAGCGCAGACGGCAGGAGGAGGAAGAGCGGAACAGCAGACACGUGACGUUCGAAGAGGAAGUUGUGGAGGAGGUUCGGGAACAGCCGCUGGGAAGAACCGUGGUGCGCGAGGAGAAGGUGACGGAGGCGGAGGGCGCUACGCCUGGCUCGAAGAAGCUCAUCAAGGAGACCUACGAGGAGAUCACGGAAGAGGUUCUAGUGCAGGAACGCGUCAGGCGGUUGGAUAUGAACGAUGAACGUAGGAAGAGCUUACGGGAGCAAGUGGAGGUCCACCAGAGCUUGAGGGAUCAGCAGGCGCCGAGAGGUCGUCAGGUGUGCGCCAAGUACCUGCCGACGCAGGAGGUGAUGGAGACCAACAAGAAGCACGUGCAGUUCGUGAAGCAGACGGACUCCGGCCCGAAGCCGAUACCCCACUCCGCCCUGCAGAACUCCACGCCCAAGGAGUGGAAGUCUGAAAUGGUGAACGCGUUGACCACGGCGCCGGACAGGCCCUACACGCCUCUCAGCACUUCCUCCAGCGUGAAGGAAGUGUACACGGAAGAGACUAUAUACCUGGACCACCGGUGCCGGCCGAAGCAACCGCCGAAGGAGGACGUCCGACCGAUCUCCCCGUUCCAGCAGGCGUUGACGAUCGCUCCCGAGCGGCCUUACACUCCCCUCAGCAGGGAGAUCGGGCCGGACGACCAGAACAUCGCGAGUCGCUCCGGCACGCCGAAUCUUCUGGGCGACAGAGGCGGUUACCUGCCGCCCGCUGACAUCCUCUUCGGCGACGGGAAGCCCAGAGAGGUUCGACCGCCUAUGGCGUCUCCCAAGCCUCGACCUUUGCCCACUCCGCCGCCCGAUUAUCGUCUGAGAGACACUUCGGUGUCGCCGAUAAGAUCUCGGCCUCAGACGCCCAGCUCCAAGUGCAUCACCGCCUCCCUGAAGAAGCCAGACACCAUCCCGAGCUAUCAGAAGCACUUGGUCGCCAUGAGAAAGAGCGCGGUGGAGAGUCACACGUUCCAGCCGUCGAGCAGGACUCCAACUCCGACGCCGUGCAGGUCGAAGUCGCCGGCUCACGGGCCACCGUCGCCGCCGCCUUGCUACGUGAAAGCUCAAGCUCCUCGCAUCAGGGACGACCCUCCGCCUAGACGGUCCGCCGUGCACUUCCCUACGAAGAAGAGCGUCUCUUACAAGGUGGACGAAGACACGGACGAAGGGCACAGAACCGCGGAGUACAAGGCUACUAAGACCGUAGACUUCGACGAGAAGGAGAUCGACGAUCGGGAGCGUGGUCCGACGGACGCCGUCCACGCGCAGUUCCAGGAGAAGCGGUGCAUGACCAGCGAGGAGACGAGCGAGCAGAAGCAGUCGGUGGUGAAGAGGUCGCUGCAGGUCGUCGAGGACUUCGAGAGGUGCGAGAGAAGAGCCGCGCCGCAGCCUCUGCCGCCGCCUCGCGAGGAACCAGCCAACGAUGUCUGCGCGAUCACCAAGACGAGUCCCUCGAAGCCCACGCUUCCGUGUCCUUUGUCCUCCAAACCAACGAGCUGCUCGGUGCAGCCGAUGUACAGCAGUUCUACGGAAGUGCGCCACGUCAGCUAUGCGACUCCACCUGCUUCUAAGCCGUGCCCGGACACCGGUCUCACCGUGCUACCCUGCAAAGCGCACUCUGAUAAGGGCACGAAGGCGGGCGUGGUGGUGGUACCUUGCGAGGGACCUAAUCCGUGCUGCCAGAAGUCGGGAGUCUGCGUCGUGCCGACCGCCGAUCGCGCGGGAGUAUGCGUCUCUCCUUGCUUCGGCAUGAAGACGACGGGCGUCUGCGGACAACCGUCGGGACGAUGCGGCCGAGAGUCCGCCUGCGACAUCGAGAUCCCGAACUGCCCGGACACGGGUGUCUGCGUGGCCCCGUGCGACGAUGGAUCCGUUUGCAUCGCGCCGUGCACCAAGCCGGGUCUACCGCCUUCGAUGUCGAAGCUCCCUUUCCCGCAGAUCCCUUUCCCUUUCGAAGAUCCGGCUCCGCCAGCUCCCUGUAGCCCGCAGCGAAGUCCGUUCCAGCCGAUCCACAAGCCUCGCACUAACUUGAGUGGGCAACUCGCGCGACUGACCGCCAAAGCUGGCCACAAAACUCUUCCCACCGUUCAGCUGUACAAACCCGAGGCUCAGUGUCAGGCACAGUCCGACGCGUGCCAGGCGCAGAGCAGCUGCGAGUCCCGAAGCUACUGUUGCAAAAGCCAGAGUUACUGUUCCACCCAGACCAGUUGCCAGUCGGGCAGUCAGUGUUCGAUCAACACCCGCUGUCAAUCCGGGACUCGAUGCGAGACCCGAAGUAACUGCCGGGACGGUGUCCAUUGUUCUCCCUCUAGCAAAACCCAAAGUUUAGUAGACCCACCAAAUUUGUCAUCCCACCCGGAUCUAGGUACCGGAGUCGGUGGCCUCGGUGGUGCCGGGUCGAAGAGCGGGACGUUCGCUGGCAGCAGCGCGCCGAAACGCGGCCGGGGAAUCCUGAAUCAAGCGACCGGACCGGGAUCGCGAGUGCCCCUCUGCGCUCAUUGCAACUCUUACGUCAGGGGGCCAUUCAUCACCGCGCUGGGACAGAUCUGGUGCCCCGAGCACUUCGUCUGCGUGAACACGCAAUGCCGUCGACCCCUUCAGGACAUCGGAUUCGUCGAGGAAAAAGGACAGCUCUACUGCGAGUACUGUUUCGAACGUUUCAUCGCGCCCAGCUGCAACAAAUGCAACAACAAGAUCAAAGGCGACUGCCUGAACGCGAUUGGAAAGCACUUCCACCCUGAAUGCUUCAAGUGCACGUACUGCGGCAAAUUGUUCGGCAACAGCCCGUUCUUCCUCGAAGAGGGACUGCCCUAUUGCGAAGCUGAUUGGAACGAGCUGUUCACGACAAAGUGUUUCGCGUGCGGAUUCCCCGUCGAGGCUGGAGAUCGCUGGGUAGAGGCCCUGAACAAUAAUUACCACAGCCAAUGCUUCAACUGCACGAUGUGCAAGAAGAACCUCGAGGGCCAGAGCUUCUACGCGAAGGGCGGUCGUCCGUUCUGCAAGAAUCAUGCGCGUUAAAACCGCGACGCUUCGACCCUGACGCGCGCGACAAGCAAAGGAGAUUCAGGGAGGGCAGCGGGGUGGGCGGGG